GGCUUUACUUCAUUCGAUUGUGUUAAGACAUGAGAUACAAGUUCACUGUUGCUGAAUAACUCAGACAACACUAAUGGCAACGUUUUUCUGCCUAUGCAAGUUUGCUACGUUCAGCAACAUUAGCUCACGAACCUUCUCUUCGUUCUUACCCUCCAAAACUUCUAUCUACCACAGCUUGUCCUCUUCUUCUGCAACAUUCUCAUUCACAUGGGACGAUGCCUUUCGCAUAUCUCAACCUCAAACUGCCACACAACACCGCUCAACUUAUCUCCAAGCCUUCUUCCACAAAGUUCAACUGUGCAACCGUGCUCCUGAGAAACAAUCUGAAUUCCUUCCAUUUAUCAUUGAGGACCACGUUGUUGGAUUCAUUCACAAUGGGUUUGUUGAGCAUUUGAGAGGCUUUGGGAAUGUGUUCAUUUUCCCCAAAGAUAAAUAUAAUGGAGGCCUCUACGGAGACUUUGUUUCUUUGCAUCCAAUGCUAAAGACAGCUGAGGAAAGAACCAGUGCAGUUGGAUAUGUAGUAGAACGUUUGGGAGAGGAGCAUAUUCCAGGGAUACGGAAUGAGCUUUACCCUGUGAUAUCAUCAUUUGGUGCACAGAUUUUCUUUUCAUUAGAACGUGCUGCAGCUCCUUAUUUUGGCAUAAAGGUUUAUGGAACCCAGAUGAAUGGCUAUGUUGAGCUGGAUGGGCAGAAGCACCUAUGGAUAGGGAAGAGAAGUGGUACAAAAUCCACAUAUCCUGGAAUGCUUGAUGAACUAGUUGCAGGAGGACUGCCGCAUGGAAUCAAUUGUCAGCAGAAUCUUGCAAAGGAAUGUGAAGAGGAAGCAGGAAUACCUAGAUCUAUCUCUGUCAACGCCAUACCGGUUGGUGCUGUUUCAUACAAAGACAUUGAUGGAUAUAGAUACAAGAGAGAUGUUCUGUUCUGUUAUGAUCUAAAACUUCCAAAAGAUUUCAUUCCGAAAAAUAAAGAUGGAGAAGUUGAUAGCUUCAAGUUGAUCCCUGUUACACAAGUUGCAGAAAUCAUACGCAAGACACAGUUUUUCAAGGCAAAUUGCGCUCUUGUAAUCAUUGAUUUCCUGUUUCGACAUGGAUACAUCACUCCUGAAUAUGAUGGAUAUUUGGAUCUCCUACGAAGCUUAAGAAUAGGAGAUUGCUCCUGACUCAGCAAGCACCAUGACUAUUCACUGUGCCAUGCAUAUAUAUGUUCAAGUUUCUUUGUAACUGUUUUCUUUUAUAUUUGUUGUUGAAACUCCAUAAUGGUUACUUCUAUAUUAUCUUAGAAGCUCUUAGAUUGUACCUAUCCAGUGAUGUCAUCUUCAACUUUGAUUCUUAUUUUGUACUUUUUUUUUCAAGAAUUGGUGAGAAAGGACCAUUAAGAAUUA